GUCCGCCGGGAGCCGCAGGAGCGGCCAAGAUGUCGCAGCCCAAGAAAAGAAAGCUUGAGUCGGGGGGCGGCGGCGAAGGAGGGGAGCAAACCGAAAAGGAAGAUGGCGGGGAGCGCGAGGCGGCCCUGCUGCGACCCCGGAGGACUAAGCGGGAGCGGGACCAGCUGUACUACGAGUGCUACUCGGAUGUAUCGGUCCACGAGGAGAUGAUCGCGGACCGCGUGCGCACUGAUGCCUACCGCCUGGGCAUCCUGCGGAACUGGGCAGCGCUGCGUGGCAAGACCGUGCUGGAUGUGGGCGCGGGCACCGGCAUUCUGAGCAUCUUCUGUGCCCAGGCGGGGGCCCGGCGCGUGUACGCGGUGGAAGCCAGCGCCAUCUGGCAACAAGCCCGGGAGGUGGUGCGGCUCAACGGGCUGGAGGACCGUGUGCACGUCCUGCCGGGGCCGGUGGAGACGGUGGAGUUGCCGGAGCAGGUGGAUGUCAUCGUGAGCGAGUGGAUGGGCUACGGACUCCUGCACGAGUCCAUGCUGAGCUCCGUGCUCCACGCGCGUACCAAGUGGCUUAAGGAAGGCGGUCUUCUCCUGCCGGCUUCCGCCGAGCUCUUCGUAGCCCCCAUCAGCGACCAGAUGCUGGAGUGGCGCCUAGGCUUCUGGAGCCAGGUGAAGCAGCACUACGGUGUGGACAUGAGCUGCCUGGAGGGCUUUGCCACGCGCUGCCUCAUGGGCCACUCGGAGAUCGUGGUGCAAGGCCUGUCCGGCGAGGACGUGCUGGCCCGGCCGCAGCGCUUUGCUCAGCUCGAGCUGGCCCGCGCGGGCCUGGAGCAGGAGCUAGAGGCUGGGGUGGGCGGGCGCUUCCGCUGCAGCUGCUAUGGCUCAGCGCCCAUGCAUGGCUUUGCCGUCUGGUUUCAAGUGACCUUCCCUGGAGGGGACUCGGAGAAACCGCUGGUGUUGUCUACCUCUCCUUUUCACCCGGCCACGCACUGGAAGCAGGCGCUCCUGUAUCUGAACGAGCCGGUGCAAGUGGAGCAAGACACGGACGUUUCAGGAGAAAUCACGCUGCUGCCCUCCCAGGACAACCCCCGUCGCCUGCGCAUGCUGCUGCGCUACAAAGUAGGGGACCAGGAGGAAAAGACCAAAGACUUUGCCAUGGAGGACUGAGCGUUUGCCUUUUCUCCCAGCUACCUCCUAAGGCGGCCUGACCUGCGUGGGAGAGGCGUAGGGAGGUCAGAGGAGAAAGGGAAAUCCCACGUGCAAGUAGGGGACGCUAUUUCUGUCUCCUUUUUCCCUCAUGCUCCUGGGGAGGGAGAGUGACUUCUUUCUCCCUUCCAGGAGAUUCUUCUGGCGAUGUUUAUUUGAAAAGUGACGCCUCCCCUCCCCCACGACUGAUACGGCGUGCUGAUUAAUGGGCUUUUAAGCCUCAAAAGCAUGUGGUACCAAGCACUUGUAUUUCCACUUCUUUUGUUUCACGGGGAAAAAUAA